AUGGCAAACGAAAACACCUCCAAGCCGGAAGAGCUCAGAGAGCGUGCCGAUCAGGCUGCCAUCCCUUAUCGCGGGCCACGUCUACCCGCUGUACCUGACGAUCUCGUUAUCCCCGGCAUUUUCGACAUUGAAUGCGACGAACGUCUUUGGGUCCCCCAAGCUCCAGACGUCUGGUUCCGGCCACUUCUAUUCAGCGUCUCGGGCGGUUACUUUGUCAAUAUCCUCCGUGUACGACGAUCCGGCAUCCUAUCUCGUCAUCGCCACGCUGGUGCGGUACACGCCACUGUGCUCAAGGGCCGCUGGCACUAUCUCGAACACCCCUGGUGGGCUACUGAAGGCGGCUACGCGUACGAGCCUCCUGGAGAUAUUCAUACGCUUGAGGUGCCGGAGGAUGUGAAGGAGAUUGUGACGCUGUUCCACGUUACGGGCGCUUAUAUCUAUGUGGACCCUGAUGGCAAUCCUGUGGGAGUGGAGGAUGUAUUCAGCAAGUUGGAUAAGGCGAGGAAGCAUUAUGAAGCUGUUGGACUCGGGGCGAGCUUUGCGGACCAGUUUGUGAGAUAG